UUAGAGAGCGGCUGCUAUUUUCAAAACUGCUUUGUCACGUUUAUCUUGUUGAAAUUAGGUAUUUUAUGAUACUUUAAGAUGGAUACAGUUGACAUUUGGAAGUUGGCAUACGAAGGUGACCUUGGUGCACUAAGGGUGAGAGCAACAGAGGAUAAAUCUCUGCUCUUAAAGUUAGACCAGAGUGAUCGUAUGCCCCUUCACUGGGCGGCAUCUGGAGCAAAGUUUGAGGUUGUCCAGUAUUUGUUGGAAAAUGGAGUUCCAGUCAAUGUAUCAGAUGAUUCAGGUUGGAGUCCUUUGCACAUUGCAGCAUCCGUUGGUCAUGCAGGUAUUGUCUCUGCUCUGAUUGGUCAGAAUGCUGAAGUCAAUGCAACCAAUCAUACGGGACAGACACCUCUCCAUUACUCCUCAUCAAGAAGUAGGGUCGAGGUGACGGAGAUUCUUUUGGACCAUGGAGCCGAUCCAAUCAUCAGUGAUGAGAACGGAGCCACGCCCCUCCACCGUGCCGCCUCCAGAGGAAACCUAGAGAUCGUCAAACUCCUCCUCCAGUUCAACUGCAGAGUGGAUGCAACAGAUAAACAAGGAAACACUCCAUUACAUCUAGCCUGUGAGGAGGAGAGAACUGAGGAAGCUGUUGCGCUUGUAGAACAUGGUGCAAGCCUUGAAAUAGUGAACAAGGAGGAGAAGACACCCCUUGCCAUGGCACCGGCAGGGUUAGCGAGGUCUUUGCAGAGAUUAAAAGAAUAGCGCCAUCUUAUGAUGAGAACAGAUAUUUUUUUGAAAAUGUGAACUUGCUGUUGAACGACAGAGAUGUAUAAAAGGACGAUGAAGCAUUGCAUUCACCAUUUUUGGAAAGAAAUCUUGCUGUACAUGCAUUGUCGGAGAGAGAUGUUAACUCUUUGCCUGCGGUGGUAGACAAACAAUGGACUGACACAUGUUUGUGAAAUAUACAGGCCAAAAUUCACAAAGGAAGUUUGUUUGUUGAGGUUUAUCGACAAACCUCCUUUAUGAAUUCGAGCCACAAUCUUUAUUGGUACACAUACUCCAAACAAUGUGGCAAUUUAGAGUUUUAAUCCAUAACAAAUAGAGGGUUAAAUCAGAAAGCUUAAUGACCUGUUUUCUUUUAUUUGGGAGCACUAUUAUAAUCUGUAAACAUGUGAAAAAUCUAAAAGAUCCUUUGGAUAAAAACUUAAUCUCAUCAAGAUAUGUAAUAGCUCAUCGAAAGACUAAGUUUAAAUUUUAACUCAAAAACUUUAGAUGCAUUUAGAAACUAUCUUUGUUUUGUUGAGGGGUAAGGGGUUGAAAUAUUACAUUAUCGGAACACAUUUGGAAAUGUAAAUAAUGUAAUUUUAUUCAUAUGAAUGCAAGAGAUCCUGUGGAUAGAAAUUUAAUCUCGCAAUGAAAAGCAAAUAACUACCGUUGGUGAAGGUGAUGGGACAAACUAUCACUUCCGAGACGAUCUGGAUGUAGCUAUCUUUCCGAAGCGAAGCUGAGGAAAGAUAGCGACAUUCUGAUCGACGAGGAAGUGAUAGUUUGCCAUCGCCUGAAACCAAAAGGUGACCUUUCUUCACACAAUUAUUUACUUUGGUAAAUAAAAUUCUCUGAGCAAGUGCACUGACCAGCUAAGUAGCUAGUUUUGUUUAGUUUCUUUUACUUGAUGAUUUCUUAUUGCACAUUACUAGUAAACUGUUUAGAAAAUAGCAUCAUCAAAUUGCUAUUAUACAUUUCAAAUAUAAGGUAGCUCAAACAAUGUCCCUCGUUCAAAAUCACUCCACACUUUCAAAGUUCAAUCGUAUUUCUUGUUCCUAUUUGAUAAAUCUUAUUGUACUUAGAUUAUUUUUUUUUUGUAUCUUAUAUUUCCAAGAACAAAAUAUGAUUUUGUACUUUGCAGUAAAAUGUUGAUAAAUGUAUGAAUGUGUUUAAAUUA